AUCCGCAUCGUCACUCAGCAGUCAGCAGCACCUGAAAAGGCUCCGUUGAUUAGCUCAGUCACCCUGUCACGCAGCCGCAGAACGGCAGAAGAAUAAGCGAAGGAGAAGAAAACAGCAGCUAUGGGCGUAGAUUACUACAAGGUUCUACAGGUGGACCGGAAUGCCAAAGAUGAUGAUUUGAAAAAGGCUUAUCGAAAGCUCGCCAUGAAGUGGCAUCCUGACAAAAACCCUAACAACAAGAAAGACGCCGAGGCUAAAUUCAAACAAAUCUCCGAGGCCUACGAUGUUUUGAGUGAUCCCCAAAAGAGAGCGGUAUAUGAUCAGUUCGGUGAGGAGGGGUUGAAGGGCCAGGUCCCGCCUCCGGGGGCUGGCGGUUUCUCUGGCGGCGGAGAUGGGGGUUCGACGACGUUUCGCUUCAACCCGAGGAAUGCCGACGACAUUUUCUCUGAGUUUUUCGGGUUCGCUAGUCCGUUUGGUGGGAUGGGAGACAUGGGCGGGUCACGGGCCGGCCCGUCUGGGUUCUCAAGAGGCAUGUUUGGUGAUGAUAUCUUCGGUUCGUUUAGAGCCGCUGCUGGAGAGGCAUCCGGCAAUAUGCCUCUACGAAAAGCUGCGGCUAUAGAACGUACCUUGUCGUGUAGUUUGGAGGAUUUGUACAAGGGUACCACCAAGAAGAUGAAGAUUUCGAGGGAUGUAGCUGAUUCCAGUGGGAGACCUACCACAGUGGAAGAGAUUCUUACAAUUGAAAUCAAGCCUGGUUGGAAGAAAGGGACAAAAAUUACUUUCCCAGAGAAGGGAAAUGAACAACGAGGGGUUAUACCGUCAGAUCUAGUCUUUAUCAUAGACGAGAAGCCUCAUGGCGUCUUCAAGAGGGAUGGCAAUGAUCUUAUUGUCACCCAGAAGAUCUCUCUGGUGGAAGCUCUGACGGGCUACACUGCACAGGUGACAACCCUCGAUGGGCGGAAUCUUACAAUCUCCAUCAACUCUGUUAUCAGUCCAACCUAUGAAGAAGUUAUUAAAGGUGAAGGGAUGCCCAUCCCCAAGGAACCAACCAGAAAAGGCAACCUGAGAAUCAAGUUUAACAUCAAGUUUCCUAGCAAGCUUACUGCAGAGCAGAAAAGUGGCAUCAAGCGGUUAAUAUCAUCAUAGAAAAACCGGUGGCAGCGCUCCCUCCCUACCAUCUCCUGAACUUGUGUAACCUUGGUUUUUUCUCUCUUUCCCUUUUCUCCCUGUUUGUUUUAUUCUGGUAAGGAAAUGCAUUUGCUUUGGAAUCAAAGACCCUCAUGUCAAUUAUUUGAGAGCGAAUUAAAUUUUUAUUUUACUCCUUGUCUCUUUUACUAUUCCCCCCCCUGAUUUAGGCCAAGGAGGAGUUUAGCAUUGUUUAUUUGUAUUCCAAACUGGCAAGAGUAGAGAAGGAUGGAUGAUUGUUCACAGCUUUUCAUGUUUCAGAAAUAAGAACACAUCUGCCCAGUGUAAUAUAAUGUUGUGUUUUGUCA